AAAGUGAAAGUGAAAGUAAAGGAAAAAGAAUUCAACUGUACGGAAAACCAAGACUGGGGUCUCUGCUGUGAGGCUGAAACUGAAGUUUGAUUUCGUCCAAAUGGCAAUGGAGAAAAAGGAAGCAGCCAUUCGGAGCUUUGUUUUCUUUGACACGGAGACUACUGGGCUCCCGAGUCCUGGCAACAGGCCAAAGAUCACGGAGCUGAGUUUUGUUGCUCUAACACGAGAGGAGCUUCUCUCGAGGAAUUGUGCCCCGCGGGCCCUCAAUAAACUCACCUUGUGCUUCAAUCCUGGGAAAAGAAUUGGUGUUCACUCAUCCAUAAUUACAGCUUUGACUUCCCGCUGUUGAUUGCCGAGCUGCUGAAGGCCCACCAGGAGGUUCCUGGCGAUGUGUUGUGUGUCGACAGUCUCGAGGCGUUCCGUGCGCUAGACGGCCUGCCGCCCGUGCCAGAUCACGUGUUGGAGAAACGGCAACGGGAGAAACUAGCGCUGUCGUCCAGAGUCACAGAAACAGGUCACGGUGACGGAGUCAAACACCGUGCUAAAAAUAGUUUGUCACUGGAGGCUGCAGAGGGUGGUGACGUAGUGACGACAGCGGAGAGUGGUGGUGUGAGCCUCAACAGCGACAGCGACCGCCCAAAAGGGGAAGACAGUGGUGAUGAGCCGCCUCUGAAACGAUCACGGCUGGACGGGGGGGAGGAGGUCAGCGUGUCUUCAGACGGUCCGGUGUUGUGUGGUGACCCAGGGCGGGGGGGCUGGCACCGCGGGGAGCACACGCCCGUACGGAAACUGUCGGCCCCGCAUCCAGAUAGACCGGAGGCAUGUCGCGGCCCUGGGGUCAGAGGAAUUCUGGGGAGUGAGACGAGACGACAGCUGUUUCCUGCAACAGUCGCGGCCACCGAUGGGGAGGGAAGCAGCGAGAGAACGGACCAUGUGUCCCAGAAUGCCGCAGCUGUGACUGACCGCGCGGACAGACGGGAAUCACACGGUGGGCGGUUGGGGGGUGGGCAGGGAAGUGAUGAACAUGAGGAGAAGAAUGUAAGGAAGGAGUCAGGUGAGGGAACAGCAGCCAAUGUUGGUGGGGCGGGGAGUGGGUUGCGGGACAGCCCUGAGCACAAGGUGGGCACGGCAGAAACGAAAGUGUCCUACAAGCUAGUGGAAGUCUACGCGAGGAUGUUUGGCCAGGUACCCGAUGUGUCGCACACUGCGGAGGACGACUGUGUCACCAUGCUCAGGAUUGCACAGGUCCUGUCCACACCGUUUGUCCACUGGUGCAACCGUAACGCGGUCCGACUUACCUCUGUGGAGGCCAUGUACUGAUUGCUGUGUCAUGUAUGUGUCAUGUAGUGACUGGUGUGUCAUGUACUGACUGCUGUGU